AUGGAUUUUAAUAAAAGUUUUGUUACAACCUCAACUACAGAAGAUUAUGAGUAUCCGGAUUUCAUAACCUAUACCAUCAAAGAUCCCAGUUCAAUAGAAGACAUUUUCAAGCCAGUCCUGUACUGCAUCGUUUUUACCUGUGGACUUGUUGGGAAUGCCCUAGUUUUGUGGAUACUGAUAUGGCUUAAGAAGCUGGCAUCCGUGACUGACAUAUAUCUGCUUAACAUGGCAAUUUCUGACUUACUCUUUAUCUUCUCCCUUCCAUUUGUUGUAUACUCCAUUAAAUACCAGUGGGAAUUUGGAGAUGCAAUGUGCAAAAUCCUGUCUUCAGUAUAUUACGUUGGCUUUUUCAGCAGUAUUUUUUUUGUAACAGUCUUAAGUGUGGACAGGUAUGUAGCAAUUGUCCAUGUGGUCUUUUCACUCAAGGUUAGGACUGUACAUUUGGGCAUCAUUAUCGUUGUGUCUGUUUGGACAUGUUCCUUUCUGUUUUCUCUACCACAUUUUAUUUUUCACAAGCUGAGUAUAGACAAUACAGUUAAAUACUGUACUGUUUCUUUUCCAAAAGACAAAGAGGUGGCAAUGACACUAUUGUCCUAUUUCCAAGUUAAUAUUUUUGGUUUCAUAAUCCCAGUUGCGGUUUUAACUUUCUGCUACACUCGUAUUAUUCUAAAUUUACGAAACAGUAGGAGUAGGCAGAAAAAAUAUGCAGUUAAGUUGAUAUUUAUAGUUGUUGCUGUGUUUUUUCUGUUUUGGACUCCAUAUAACAUUGUAAUAUUUCUUAAGCUUUUAGAGGUACUUGGCGUAUUUGACUCAAGCUUUUCAACUGGGUUAAAUUCUGCAAUGGACAUAACUCAGACAAUAGCGUUUGUCCAUUGCUGUUUAAAUCCUAUCAUUUAUUCUUUUGCGGGGGAAAACUUUCAGAAGCAUGUAUUCAGAAUGUUUAGCAAGCUCCUAAAAUGCAUGAAAGUAAAUAAAGUACGUGGAUCUUUCGAAAGCUCAGUUAUAGACCGUGCAUCUGGUACCAUAAGGGAUUCUCGAUCUACAUCUUUUACAGAAUCUGUUGUGUGAUGUGA